GUUAUCUGUGGUUAUUAGCAUCUUUUCAGCAUUUAAAGUUUCAUUUAAAUUAUCUUGUAAUAUUUAAAAAUAAAACUCCAAGCAGUAAAAUGGUGAAAAAGUGUUACGUUUAUUCUUGUCGGAGUGAGUCUUAUAGCGGUUGCAACAUAUCGUUUCACAAAUUCCCAACAGAUCCUGCACUGAAAAAGAAAUGGCUGGUUGCUAUCAAACGAGAGACGGUAGCCAAGAAUUCCGUUGUGUGCAGUCGACAUUUCAAUGUGGAGGAUUACCUCAAUCCAUAUACCAAUAAACUGAAGCCUACUGCUGUUCCCUCCGUGGGAACUCCUGAGGAUGCAGAUGACCAUAUUACUAAGAUAUGCCGCGUUUGCCUGGCGAUAGACGUGAAAAUGUAUGAAAUAAACGAAUUUUAUUUAGAAUUGUUUGAAAGUGUCACUGGAAUUGCUGAUGAUGAACUAAAACAUGAGGUAUAUCAGAAUUUGUGCUACGAGUGUGUUGCUAGACUAUCAAAAUUUAACGCGUUUAAAGAUAAAGCAUUGUUAGCAGACUCGUUAUUUCAAGGAUUACUCCAAACUGGAGAUGUUAUAAAAUCGAAGCACAUUCAGGCAAUUCAACAAAAUUACAGCGUAUUUCGCCCAAAUUUAACUAUUAAAUGGAUUUACCCACCCCUAGAUUACGAAUCGGGGGAAGGUAAAACAAAUAUUAAAUUAGAGCAUGUUGUUGAUGAUAAAAUAAUAAUUCCCGCCGUUGAUGAAUUUAAAGCACAAUUUAGACCUGUUAAAAUAGUUAAUAAGGCGAAAACAGAUGUAACAAAUAAAAAUAUAGGUGCUAAAGUUGUUAAUACAGCCAAUGCUGAUAUAAAACGAACAGCACCAAAUGCUCUUGUAGUCCAAAACGCGAAAAUAGACGUGAAAACUAAAGAUAUAAAAGCUAAAAAUACAGUUUUAAAAACAAAUAAAACAACUAAAGUUAAAGUUGAAUCAAGAAUAGCAGAUGAAAACGAGAGUGAUUUUUGUGAAUAUGAAUUUUUAGAAGACGAAGAUGUAGGUAAAGAGAGCCUUGUAAAUUAUAGUGAAAGGCAAAUAAAGCAAGAAUAUUUCAAUGACGAAGAAAGCAUAACUAUUGAUGAAAAAAAUAUUAAAGACGAAAUUUUAUCUGAUAAUGAUAGAAACAGCAAUGCUGGUGAUGAUUCAAAUUACGAAAAUGACGAUGAUAUAGGUAGAACUUACCUAACUUUGGACAAUAGAUCAUCCGAUGAUGAAAUAAAUUGUUUUGGUGAUCAAUCUUUCGUCGUUGAUAAUAUUAAUGCAGAUAUUAUUGAAACUAUCAAAGAAAUAGUCAUAAAUCCUAUAGACGAAGAAAAUUCAAGUAACAAUAAUAAUUCAACAGUCAUAGACCAUGAUUAUUUACAAGAUAAUGCAACAGAAAACAGAGAACAGACAGAAAGAGAGAAAGACAAAAAAGAGAUUGCAAAAAAGAAAUUAGUAGAAAAAACUAAAAAGGUUUUGAGUAAAAAGAAAUUUGAAGAUGAUAAUAUAUUGAUUGGACUGCAAGAUACGACAGACGACUAUAGAAAGUGUGUCAAAUUCCAGAUGGCGAUUCUAAAAAGGUUAGAAACGUCAGAAUUUGUGGCCAAAGGGUUUGCAAAAAAUAGUUCAGAUUUAUCUCUAUUCACAGUUACAAAACGAUCGUAUCAAGAACAAAUACAUGAUAUAGAAAAACGCAAAGAGACCCAGAAAUAUAAGGAGGCGCCUUACAAAUGUGAAAUUUGUUUUUUGCCGUAUUAUAAAGCGAGGACUUUGGAUCUGCAUACGGAAAGACAUACUGAUGUGUGGGGUAAAUUGGAGUGUUUUAUAUGUAAGAUGAGGCUCAGGAACAGGAAGGGUCUGCUACAACAUUUAACAGUUAGACAUGUGCACUAUUAUAAGUGUAAUAAAUGCUCUUUUGGUGCUAUGACUAGAUUUGCCGCUCGCUCUCACGUUGCGUACCACAAAAGUAAAAUCUAUCAAUGCAAGCAUUGUAACAAGGUUUUCACAAAACCAUCAUCAUAUUUGGGUCAUCUUAGACUGAAACACUUAUGUGAUUUUGUAUGCGAGCUCUGUGGCUAUAUGUUUCUUAGUAAACACGGUGUUUCUACCCACAAAUGUUUGAAACAUGCAAAUGAAAUUAACAAGAAACUGGAAGGCCCCUAUUGUAAGACCUGUGAUGUAACAUUUGCAUCUCAAGAGGCUCAUGACAGGCAUCUGAGGCUGUCUUCACGGCAUACGGUUGAGUCCGCCCCUGAUCGUCUCCGCAAUGAGCAAAUAACCCGAAGAAAUUUCGAAAAUCCAAAGUACACGAGGUUGAGGAAAUGUCAAUACUGCAGUCUAAUGUUCUCAAACCGUGCCGACUAUAACGCCCACAUAGAGGCUAAACACCCGGAGGUACACGCGGCUAUAGAGGCGCGGAACAAGGAGCGAAUGAAGAAGAAAUACUCGUCCAAUACUAUGUGCGAACACUGUGGGAAACUGUUUCCGACCAAAAUGCAUCUUCGAAAUCACAUGUGGGUGCACACCGGUGAUAAGUACUACAAAUGUACGAAGUGCCCAAAAUCAUUCACUUCGCUGAAUGCCUUAAAAUGCCAUGCACUGUACAAACAUGAGGGCUCUAAGGCAAACGCCGUGUGUCCUAUAUGCGGGAAGACGUUGCUACAUGCUAGUAAUUUACAGAAACAUAUGUUUAGUCACACAGGACAAAAGCGGCAUAUAUGUACAAUAUGUGAAAAGAAAUUCACUUGGCGUCAUGAACUUACAAGCCACGUGAAACAUGUUCAUUUGAAUGUACCCUGGCCGAAACGAGUGAGACAACGACGGAAAGAGCCGAAAACACCCGAAGAAGAAUAGUGACGAGUGUUCCAAGCUGACCUUUUGGACCUCAUCCAAAUGAUUGAAUAAGACGUGGCAAUCGGCGAAGCUUCAUAUAAAAAGACGAGAAGCCGUAUCUCUUCUAAGGAACACAUCUGCAAAAUUGUCGUGGAGAGGAACGCAUAUGAUUAUAAUUUCUGCCAGAUAUUGCUGUAUAAAUACGCUAUAAUAUCUGUCAGAUAAGUUGAAAGGCUAUCAGAGACUUUUAUCAGUAACCGGUGGAACGGGCCACUCGUGUACAACACAACAGUACAAUAUAUUUUUUUACUUGUAACUAAUAAAUGCUA